GUCACGGCGCUGGGCCCGGCCGAGCAGACUUGCUAGCCACAUUGUGAACAAAGUUAUCGUGUUCGAACUGGAGUCGACGGGAAUUUAAAACCGCUCUCCUCCUGUGGGACGCGUGUCACCUUCUGGUGGAGCUGUAGCCGGACAGAAGCGGCGCGCUGCGCGGACGGGAGCGGACCAUCAUUGUUUACUGGCCGCUGAAGGAGACGGAGCGGCUAACUCGUGUGCUAGUCACUUCCUUGUUACGAUGGGGAGCGAGAAGUUUCUGAGAAGAGGACCUGACUUCCACGCGCCUGCUUUCACCCGGAUCUUUUAAUGGGAAUGCACACCUGAGACCACUUGGACGGUUCGACAUUGUUGGAUUUAACACUUUAAAGGUCCGUUUGUUGACAAAUGGAACGCGACUUCGCAGCCGGGAACAGCUAGCAGCUAAUUAGCUUAGCAAAUCUGAGAUGCUCGUUGUGAGGAAUGACGGUUGAUUAUCGACUGGACUCGGAAAUAUAUGGUCAGUUUUACACAAUAUUUGCUGGUAUCCAGUGGUGUGAGAUGAGUUUAGUCGUGUGUAUAUUAUCUAGGACCAGGUUAAUGUGAAUCUUGCUAAGCUACGAAGCCUGUGAAGAAGGUAGCCUCAAUGUUUUGUUUCGUUGCACUGCAAGGGACAUAGACGAGAACAAAUAAGUAUUUGCAAAGUAUUCAACUCGUGUUUGGCGUUUGUUUUUGUGGAUAAAUGCCUAAUACGGAGGUGUUGCGCGAUGCUCGGCCGCGGAGCCCCUCCGCGCAGAGGAACCGGCAGGACAGACGAAGUAAAGCCGGGAGCGGUGCUGCUCAACGGGACCGACGCCGUGAGAAGAGACGGUCCUCGGCUUCCAGGAAGAAGAAACGCAGACAGGCAAAGGGCAAAGACCCGUGGAAUCUCACGGGAGACGUUGUCAAUAACCGCACUUUGGAGAAAGAAGUCGAACUUCAGACGCUGGUGGAGUACGAUGACGUUAGCUCCCAGUCGGAGCGGUUUUCUGGGAGUCCCUCUCCCAAAUUUGACCCCUACGCUGAUCGUGUAUCAGUUGAGCGGCUCAGCGACACUGGCGAUUAUAACGGACCAGCAUCUCCAGACAGAAGUCACGCUAGAGUCCGAGGGUCUGCGUUAAAAGACGAACAUAUAAGACUUGAAAAGAGCAAACAAAUCAAGGAUCUGAGCAGGAAAAAGGAUCACCCGAGCCGGGACAGGGACUCCUCAAAAGCAAGGGGUGGAAGUAGUCUGGGAAGUUCUAAGAACCACCGAGACACCACCAGGAGUAGUGACAGAAAUGGCAAAAGGACGACAAGUACACCGUCCACUGCGGAAAAAAGAGAUUCAAAAAGACGCAGAAGCAAAACAAGAUCAGAGAAGGAGACACCGUCUGCUUACAGAGAACCUCCACAAUCCUAUAGAGAUGAGCGUGAUGAUCCCCGGGCGUACAGGAGAAGUCCGGGCCUCAAAGCCGAAAGCCCCUUUGGUACAUCCUUCCCUUACAGCUAUCAAUCACCCGCUGGAUACAACCAGCUUAUCUCCCGGCGGAGCCCAACUUACGGAAGUAAAAGACUGUCCCCCAGUUCCACAUAUUACAGUCGAGAUGUGGAUGUGUAUGGUGCGUACGUGAUGCCGAAAUCGCCCAGCGCCUACUCUAGCAACAAGAGGAAGCGGUCUCCUGGGAGUCCGUUGAACUGGCGUCGGUCUCCAAGUUAUAGUCGACAUAGUCCACUUGAACAGGGGGAGUUUGGUUCCAGUCCAUACAACAGGAGGAGAUCGAGAAGUCCAUACCGAAAGUCUCUCAGUCCUAGUCCUGAUGUGCGGCGGUCUGCAAGGACCAGAAGCAAAAGUCCUUAUUCGUCCACUCGGCAUUCACGAUCUCGCAGCAGACACCGCCACUCUCGCUCCCGCAGCCGCCCUUCCAGCCUUUCCCCCAGCACCAUCACCUUUAAGACCAGUCUGGCGGCAGAGCUCAGCAAGCAGAAAAAGGCCAAAGCCGCUGAAGCUGCCGCCAAGGCCAAAGCCACCAGCAAUGCAUCGACACCCACAAAGGGACCCGCAACUGUCCCGCAGCCCAGUCCCAAAUCCAACAACGCAACCAGAAAGGGUCGCCCCCCAUCCCCACCUCCUCAGCCGGAGAAAGGACCCCGGACUCCACCAACCAGCCGGCCUCAGUCCCCUGCUGACAGCUUGGCUAAAAGGAGUGCGGAGCCCCAGACCAGCAGGGAACGUGAUGGGAAGGGGAAAGAUGAGUCUGCACAACGGGACAAGAGGAAAGCACAGAGUGCAGUGCCGGGCAAAGAGAAGGAGCGGGCGCCUGCUUCUCUCUUUUCAAGCCUUGCGUCUCUUCCACUGCCUCCUACUGUUCUUGAACACAUUGAGAAGGCUGAGAGCCUGAAGGACUCAGCCCUCUCCGGGAAAAAGAAGCCAGAGCGAAAGGUUCGCCAGCUUCUCUCUGACCUCCCGCUUCCUCCUGACCUUCAGGGCAGCACUUCGUCACCACACAGCCCCCCUGAAGACAAGAAGUCCCAAACGCUUCGCAGGAGGCCCAAAAUGUGCGGCCCGAGGUUUGGCGAGAUCAAGGAGACCGAAAUUGACUGGGGAAAACGCUGUGUGGACAAGUUUGAGAUCAUUGGAAUCACAGGCGAAGGCACCUAUGGUCAGGUGUACAAAGCGAAAGACAAAGACACAGGUGAAAUGGUGGCCUUAAAGAAGGUUCGAUUGGACAACGAAAAAGAAGGGUUCCCAAUCACGGCCAUCAGAGAGAUCAAAAUCCUGCGACAGCUGAACCACAAGAGCAUCAUCAACAUGAAGGAGAUCGUCACAGACAAGGAGGACGCCCUGGACUUCAAGAACGAUAAAGGUGCUUUUUAUCUGGUGUUUGAGUACAUGGACCACGACCUGAUGGGUCUGCUGGAGUCCGGCCUGGUCCAUUUCAACGAGAGCCACAUCAAGUCGUUCAUGCGGCAGCUGCUGGAGGGUCUGGACUACUGCCACAAGAAGAACUUCCUGCACCGAGACAUCAAGUGUUCAAAUAUUCUGCUUAACAACAAGGGUCAAAUCAAGUUGGCUGACUUUGGUCUGGCUCGUCUCUACAACUCAGAAGAAAGUCGGCCGUACACUAAUAAAGUGAUCACACUCUGGUAUCGGCCUCCGGAGCUGCUGCUGGGAGAGGAACGAUACACGCCAGCCAUUGAUGUCUGGAGCUGCGGAUGCAUCCUCGGAGAGCUGUUUACCAAGAAGCCAAUCUUUCAAGCUAAUCAGGAGCUGGCACAGUUAGAGCUCAUCAGCCGGAUAUGUGGCAGCCCAUGUCCCGCUGUUUGGCCCGAUGUGAUCAAACUUCCCUUCUUCAACACCAUGAAACCAAAGAAGCAGUACAGGAGACGCCUGAGAGAAGAGUUUGCAUUCAUCCCUCAGUCCGCCCUGGACUUGUUUGACCACAUGCUAAACCUGGACCCCAGUAGGCGCUGCACAGCGGAGCAGGCGCUCGGCAGCGAGUUCCUCCGAGACGUGGACCCGGACAAGAUGCCCCCACCAGACCUCCCUCUGUGGCAGGACUGUCACGAGUUGUGGAGCAAGAAACGCAGACGUCAGAAGCAGAUGCCCGAGGAACUGUCCGCACCUAAGGCUCCUCGGAAAGAACUGGGUCUGGAUGAUAGUCGCAGUAACACACCUCAGGGGUUUCCUGUUGGGGGCAGCCUAAAAACACAGACCUCGGCGGCUUCUGCUCUGCUUGAUCCAAAAGGUCCAAACUCCCAGCUGACGCAGGAGCAGCUGGCCGUUCUGCUGAACCUCCUCGGGCAGCCCAAGAGUGCUGCCAACACGGCUCAGUUCGUCCAGUCGGUGGGUUCCAAGGUCAACCAGGAGACGCUGCUGCAACUGACAAAGGUCCUGGCCCCGACCGAUCCCGUCGAACCCCCAGUCCCUGCCAAGCCUCCCCAGCCUGGAGUCCCGCGAACACCGCCCAUGCCCAAGCCACCCUCACCCCCGGCGACGGCGCCGCCCGUCAUCCCUGACGGUGACGCAGCAGCUGCUACUCAGAAAGCCAUGACGAUGCUGCUGGCUCAGCUGCUGCAGGCUCAGAGGCCGGAGCCAGGCGAGGACUCCACAGACGGCGGGAACGCCUCAGUCGGACCUACAGUGGUCCCUCCUCUGCCCGCUGACUUGAAGCAGCCUCCCGAGCCAAGUCCGGUCUCCCCAGGUAAACCUAACUUGUCAGAGAGGGGCGGAGUCUCCAUCUUGCCUCCAGACCAGAGACCUCCCGAGCCUCCAGAGCCCCCUCCACAUGCCGACCUGGACUACCGGCAGCCGCCCCUGGAACCCAAAACUGGCCACGCCCCUCCCAUCACGUCUGCGGGUGGAGGUGACGGAGGGAGACCGCCGGAGCCGGACUAUCCACCACUACCUCCUGCUGAAGGACCUGGUUACGGUGGAGACUACAGCCACCCCCCUCCCCCGCCCUUCGCCACUGCAGGUUACGGGGACAGUUACCUGGGUCACAUGAUGGGCGGAGGUCUGCCACCUCACGCCCUCAGAGAAGUCUUCACCGGGCCAGGUCAAGCUGCGCAUCCGGAUUCUUUUGCUCCCCGACCUGCGGCCGCCGGACCCACCAGCAUGGUCUUCGCUGGGGACAAGGACCACCGCUUUGAGUACAAUCACAGUCCUUUGCCAGUGGAGGGACAGUCCAAACCUGGCUCCCUACACUUGUACAACCACAGCUUAGCAAGGAAGGAUGGUGUCCACCCUCCUCCACCCCUCCCAGCUCCAGGGCAAUCUUGGGGGUCGCCCUCCCAGGUCGGGGCUCCACCACUUCCCCUCGGUUUUGUCCCUCAUGUAAACUCUUCAGCAACAAUCAGGGGGCGGAAUCUGCCUUUCUGAGCAACAGAACUUGGAAACGGCAGCAGGUUUUCGAGCCUGUGAGGGUCUCCGGCCCGAUCAGAACCACCUGGAACUGCAGAGAGUCUCUGUCGGGUCUGGUCCGUCACCCAGAGGACGUCGAGAAGGACAGCUGAGCUUUUCCCGCUCUAACCAUUUUCAUAUUUUUUUCUAUUCUGCUGUCUUUUAAAUUAAACUUUUAACCCUUUUUGAGUCUUCAACAACCAGGCCGGGUACAACCCAAGACCUCUACCUAAGCCUUUCUGUGUUCGCUCCAUGGGCAGUGUAGUAUUGUUUUGCACUACUGACCGGAGUAGGUGGAAACCAUGUUAGCUAUGAAAGGAAAGCGAUUGUGUGCUUGGCUGACACAGGUAGGACAACGACCAGUAAUGUAGUUUCCUUUUGUACCCUUUAUCUUUUCAGUGAGGAAGAGCGGCGCGGCAGCCCCGCCGCUGCUGCAAUUACGACCCCACAUGACUGUUUUGUCUGUCAGAGAUAAUAAUGUUAGACCACAAGAACAAAAGUUUUUUUUGUACUUCAGUGAUCUCAUCCCCUCAGCCUCUGGCCAACGUUUAUUAAAGAAAUGUCACAGCUGA